AUGGCGUCUUGGCUAAUCCUUGCUUUUUGCCUCCUACCCCUGGCUGCUCCGAGGAAGGUCUGUGAGAGGUGUGAGCGGCCAGCAGCUAUGACGCGUCUUGGACCGAGUAACUUUCGGGGACACAGCCUGAGACGCUUCUGGGCUAUGGCCAUGGGGAAGCCUUUCCUAGAAGCAGCCCAUCUCAUCGUAGCUCCCCCAUUCCGAACCGCACUGCUUUUAGUGGCUGCAGUUCCUUCUCCUCCUGGUCGCCUGCCUGCGGUGGCCGCGCUGCUGGAGCGGGGCAGGCAGGUGAAGCUGUGGAGCAAGCAGGAGCGGGAGUGCAAAGCAAGACAGGCGGCCGGGCAGAGGCUCUGCUGUGGGACCGAGAGACGAGGAGUAGCGGGCAGUGGACGGAUCUUACAGACCAACAGCCGCUGGUGGUGCAAUGGGGACAGGACCCCCAAGGCCGCACAUGUGUGCAAUAUCCCCUGCGCAG